AUGCAUUCAUUCAUUCCUGUGGCUGUCGCCACUAUUCUUCCUUUCACUCUGGCCUAUCCACGAGACUUCUAUGGAGGGUUCCAAGGCGUGCCGAAGGCCCAUGCCCAUCAGUCCGGCUCACUUGCAGCGACUGCGACAGCUACCGCAACAGCUACCGCCAAAACCACCGGCUCAGGCUCUGUAGAAGGCGGGUCUUCUGGCGGAUCUGGCGGAUCCGCUUUAUCCUCGCUCCCAGGUGGCUCUGGAGUUGGCGGUACGACGUGCACGGUGACCGAGCUUUCCCAAGUGACAGCCUCGGCAGCGGCCUGCUCCAAUGUCCUUCUGAGCGGCGUGACGAUCCCUGCAUCAUCAACUCUGUCCGUCACUGUCCCUACCAGUGGUGCCCUCCUCUUUGCUGGCACCAUGACCGUCGAGUACACUCCGGACUCCGAGUAUACUCCCAUUGUCCUCAAGGGCUCUAACGCCAAGGUUGCUGGUCUCGCUGGUGCCGUCAUCGACGGUCUAGGCGCGAAGUACUGGGAUGGCGAGGGCUCAAACGGGGGCACAGAUAAGCCAGACCACUUCUUCAAGCUGUCAGACAUGGAGAGCUCCACCAUCGAGCAGCUCACAAUCCAAAACUGGCCGACACAUCUGUUUUCCAUCGACGGGUGCUCAGACAUCACCAUCAGCAAUGUUAUACUAGACAAUUCCGCCGGUGACGAAACGAAUUCUGACGGCGAUGCAUUGGGCCACAACACGGAUGCUUUUGACGUGUCAUCCACAGAUGGCCUCCACGUCACUGGUGCGACAGUAUAUAACCAAGAUGACUGUGUGGCUGUCAACUCGGGGUCCAACAUGGUAUUUGAGAACAUGUACUGCUCCGGAGGCCACGGGCUAUCGAUUGGGUCCAUUGACAGCGGUGUUACGGUCAAGAAUGUCACUUUCCAGGAUUCGUCGGUCGUUAACUCGGACAAUGGAUGUCGCAUCAAGACCGAUGCUGACGGCUCUGACUCAACUGUGUCAGGCAUCACAUACUCCAACAUAGUUCUCAGCGGCAUCACUGAUUAUGCCAUUGAUGUCCAGCAAGAUUACGAAAACGGUUCUCCCACCGGUGACCCUACAACCGGCAUCACCAUCUCCGAUGUUACCUUCUCCUCUAUCACUGGCUCAACGUCUGGUGACGACGCUUACAGCUAUUACAUUCUUUGCGGGUCAGACUCCAGCUGCACAGGCUUCACGUUCACCGAUAUUGAUAUCACUGGUGGCAAGACCGAGUGUAAGCCUGAUUCCUCGGUGUGUCCUUCUUCAGUCUCCGGGUAA